UAUAUAACAAAUAAUUUGAGGUCGGCAGUCAUGUCUUUUGGCAAAGAGGAUGUUGACCGGAUGGUGGAACUAAUACAAGACUACAAGGACAACCUGACCUACCCUAGUGACACUAAUUUACAAGAAUGCAUGAAGAGGGUUAUCAGUAUGUGCCAGAGUGAGCUCUUCAAUGCUCUACUUGAUAUACACGAAUACCACAAAGACGUACUGUUGAACAGCGCCGCCCCCGCCCUCCUCAACAACACUCCUCACAUCAACAACAACAGCAGCGUUGCUUCAGAGAGACCUCAUCCGGGCCUUAACUUAUCUGCUGCUCCUCCCGAACAACCUACUUUCAGACCAGAAGUUAGUACACUUCCAAAGGCACCCCCAGCAGAUGACACUGUCACCGAAACCAUUCUCCUGGAAAAAGGACGAAACGGUCUAGGAUUCAGUAUCAGUGGUGGUUACGACACACCCCACUAUCCAAACGAUAACAAGAUCUACAUCACUAAGAUAAUACCAAACAGUGUUAGUGACAUGGACGGAAGGCUCAAGGUGAAUGAUUGUCUACUGAAAGUAAUGGAUAAGGACCUGGAGAACGUGUCACAUGAUGAAGCUGUUGAUAUUCUCAAGAAUUCUCCACCAAGGGUACUGUUAACAAUCGAGAGAAAGCAGCAGACAGAGAAGUUGGUACCACGUGUUAUUGAAGUCUCCUUGAACAAGGGGGAAAAGGGACUGGGUAUCUCUAUUGCGGGAGGAAAGGGAAACCAACACAUUCCUGAUAGUGACGAGUUCCAGUUCGCAUAUGGUCAGACUCAGAUGGCGGAUCACAUCAAGACGCUCUUUGACUGUGAUCUUCCCACGACAAAGGAAAUGAAACUUUCGUCAAAUGUUGGAGGAAGGCAGCUGCAGGGUCCCGGCAUCAGAUUCCUCGUUAUAGGUUAUUAA